AUGCGUAAACCCUCGGUCGCUCAGGUUGUGUACAACACGACGUUCCCUCGCCCUGGUUCCCAUGAUCCAUCGUCCUUUGCAGCCCAUGUGGCCAAGCACCUGGUUCCUGAAGUUCGAGUGGAGACCAACACCUUUUAUGGCCCCCUGGAUUGCAUUGAAGCCCAAUAUCCAGGGCUUGAUUAUACCUAUGGCCCCCAUCGCAUGCGACUGGGUCGUUUCCCAUGGCACAGGCGGCUGUUUAGGACCUUCGACGAAUUGAAGCUGACCAGGGAAGAAAUUUUGGAGCUAUGUUGUUGGGAAGGCACCAAAUUCGCGCGGGCGCGAUACGAGUUGGAGGAAGGGGUCACAGUGCGGGACACAACGGGCCAUUUGAUUCGGCCGGCAUCACCAACACAACCACCCUCGAUUACGAUACAUGAUGAAUUCUGCGGGCCAGAAGAUGACCAGGACCAAUUCAUUGAGACCGGUAGCGACGACACGGUGCGCGCGAGCGAUACCCGCAGCUCUAGUGUUAUGUCGGACUACCCGACACAGGAACUCGUCGAAGAAGACUCCAGCGACGAGGAGAUAGAGAGCUGUGGCUGGGCAUUAAACCAUCGAUUGCUGGCAGCCAUGGCUGCACGCGACGAGGGAGCCGAUGUGCCUCUGGACGAGGACUGGGAGCAAUGGCUGAAGGAGGCCGGGGAACGGGGAGGCUACGGCGACAUGGUCCAUGCCAUUCGAUCCACGCAGCCCUUGAGCUUCAUCCCCGAGGCACCAACAUCUGCACUCCGGCAUGAAGUCCAUGUCGACGAGGGACCCCUGCCGUCGACGAUGUCUGCAGAAACAUUUCUGUAUUCAACUGCCAACCUGUUCGCCUCAAGUCCCGUCAUGCCUCAAUCCUCGAGCCACACUUCUGGGACAGCAAGAUGA